GGCAGUGAACAUGUGCUGUCCGUGGUGCUGGAGAGCCACUAUCGAUCAUUCACUCCGUGUUUUUCGUUAUAUGUACGGUAUAGGAUAGGUGUGUUUGUGUGUGUGGAUGUGUAGGGGACGGUUGGGGGGGCUCCCUACCGCAGGGAGCGCGGUUGAAUCACCGAGCGCGCCUCCGUCGGAUCUCCUUUUCCUGCCGUCACACCCACUGCUCGGUGCUGUGGGUUCACCCCGUAGAGAAGGGGAGGACUGACGGCACACUCAGCAGCACAGAGUGCUGCAGUGCGAGCGCAGCGGGGGACUCGGAAGCGGAGAGAGAAAAAAAACAAAAAACACACGCGCUAACACGCACGCACGCAUCAGCAGCAUUAUUGCCGAAACUUGGUCUAUGGAGAGAUCUGCAGCGACGCCGUAGCGACGCAGGCCGACAUGGAAGAGUAUCUGCGGUGGGUCCAGAGCAGACUCGGGGCAGAAGCAUUAGAGGAUCCCAUCCACGCUGUUUUAGGCGGACCGGAGCCAGAUGUUGACACUGUGGCCGCAACACUGUGCAUAGCACUACACCUCAGCCAGAAGGAAACGUCCGGUGGUGUGUGCGUGCCUGUGCUGAGCCGCCGGCAAUGUGACGCUGUGUUGCCCGGGGAGACGAUGAGGUAUCUGCAGAGGGUGAAAAUCUGUGAGAGCUCGCUGCUGUGGAGAGAGGAUGUGGACCUCGUGAAGCUUCAUCACACCGGAAAAUUCUCACUCACACUACUGAGAGAUGGACUGCUAGAUAGCUCUGAGUACCACACCUUGGAGUCCAGCAUCCUGCGAGUGGUCCAUCAAGACAUGCAGCAGGACGCAGGGGAUGAUGGGGCAUCGUCUGCGGUGACAACAGUCACCGGGGAGAUUCUUCAAGAGGCAGCGGAGCACAUCGGAGCAGCGCUGGGGGAGACUCUUGGAGAGGCCUUGCGGCUGCAAAGUGAAGCUUUGUGGGUCAAACAUGGCCGACAGUCAGCACAACUGGAGGAGCUCAUGAGAUCCUUGGAGCAAUGCAGUGAUGUCACUGCUGGUCAACGUGAUGCGACGAGGCGACAAGACUUGGAGCAGCUGCUGACUCUGGAGCUGAAGGAGUUUUCUGGUGGAGAGAUGACAGUAGCACUCACUUCAGUCACCACAUAUAAGGAGGACUGGCAUGGUUAUGUGGAUGAGCUGAAAUCAUUCAGCCAUCGCCAUGGCUAUGAUGGUCUGGUGGUUCUGCUGUCCAUCAAUGACACAGUUCAUCAUCCCCGCCAGCAGGUGGCUGUCUACUCAAGCAACACAGAUCUCCUUAACCAGAUCUGCUGUGAGUUGGAAGAGUCUUCCAGCUGGUCUUUUUCUGGUGAACUGGAGGCCAGGGAGAAUAUCCAGGUCUACCACAUUCCUAUAAACACCUCCUUAACGUUUGGUACUCCACCUCUCCUGAUAGAAGAAAUUCAGCUCCUCCUCAAGGACUUUGUUGAUCGGCGGAGCUCUGUAUUAACCUGCCACCCCAGCAGUAGGACCUCUUCCACAGAGGGAGUGGCAGGCAGCGUGGAGUUCUCCCAGGGAUCCUCUGGUAUCAAUGAUAUGGAUUGUUCCGACAUAGAGAGAGCUGAGGGAGGCAGUGGAGAUGCGGUGCCCAUAGCAAGGGUGAUGGCAGAUGGUGAAGAAGACACAGGUGGUGCCGGAGUUGGUACUUGCGGGGAGCUUGUGAGCCCUGAUAGUGGUAUGACCACCAUCCGCAGCAGCCGCUCUUCCAAGGAGAGUUCAGUGUUUCUCAGUGAUGACAGCCUAGUUGGUGAAGUUAUAGCAGGAGGGCCAGCAGCAGGGCCAGUAGGACCCUUCCUGAGAAACCCCUCUCCUCUGGGAUUGUCAUCCCUCUCCCCUCCUGUUCCACCGGAGAGGAGGAAGAACUGCUCUGCUAGAAAUAGGAGUGAAAACUAUGAUCUUUUUAGUUUUGACCCCCUACAUAGCAGUGAUCACUCUAUGCCAACAAGAGGGAAAUCGGACAAUUCUGGAGUAGGAGGAGGUGAAGAAGAAAGAAGAGCAGGAAGCUCUAGCUUAUCAGAACUUGAAGAGCUAAGCUUGCUAGAUUUCUCUACUCUCAAUUCACUGGGCGGGCUUGACAGCAGAAAUUCUUCAAUUGACAACCAUGGUCAAGACCAUGGGAAUGACAUGAUUGAAACUGUGGUUCCUCCAACCCCAGUCAACAGUGUGGUAGGUAGCCGCCCACCCAGCAGUUGCGGGGUUAGGUUCUUUCCAGAAGAUGUGGUUGAAAGGAUCAAUGGCCUGCAGCACAAGGACAGUGUGUCAUCAUCGUUGUCAGAGACGUGGGAUGAACUUGGCUUUGACACACAAGGAGCAUUGUCCUCAAGUGAUAAUAAUGCCUGGAAUAGGACCAAGGAAUCUGAGAGCCCGCAGAAUAUUGUGGAGGAAGUUAGAGGGAAAGAGUCAUUGUAUGAUGUGAUAGAACAAGAAAGCAGGGAAGAGCUCUUAAAGUCAGAGAAUGCCCACCAGAGGGGAAAGAGCCUUGAGCCCCAGCUUAGUCUGAACAUUGAGCAAACAAAAUCAGAAGACACCUGGAACCCAGAUUCAAUAUGUAAUGAUCCAUGGAACCCCGCUACUUUAACUUAUCUGCAAUUGACACCACCAGAGGAGGAAAUAACUGGAAAAUGCAAGGCUGGCAUCAUGGGAGUGAAAGAAAAAACAACCUCAUUGUCGAGAAAGAAAGCAAUCCUAAACACUUUAACGCCAGACACAUCGAAAGAAGAGGAUGAAGGAGUACACGGGAAAAAAGGAGACGGACAAAUGGAGCUCCUAGAUUUUUGGACAUACUCAGCUCAGAAGGGAUUUCUCAAAUCGGAUAGCGGAACCACCACAUCUUACCCUGAAUCACUAGAUAUGUGGAAUAUGACAAUCCGAGAUGACAGUCUAUCGCCUCUCACAACCCCUGACAACUUGUCUGGAAACUCAGGUUCUUUCUGUGGAGUGAACCCCAAUGUUGAGGCUGGCGCAUCUGUGGAAAGUCCACAAGAAUUCUGUGAUGGUGGAAUGGGGAUGUGGAACACCACCAUACAGGAAGACAGCUCUUCCACAAUAACAAGCCCCGAAGGACCUGAAAAUGGAAAGGACCUUAGUCAAAUGGGAUCAUUGGAUGCCAAUGAUUCUCCUGAGACACAUGCAAGCAAACAGGUAGAGGAAGAAGAGACUAUAGAGAAGGAGAGAGGUAUGAAUAAAGUACUUAAGCAGACACCUGAAGAAGCAGGGUGGAGAGGUUAUGAACACAAUGUAAAAAUAGUUAUAGAGGCGGCAGAGGGUAGCACACAUGGCGAAGAAACGGGUGACGAUAACAUCCAGAGUUUUCCGAGCCAACAGUCUGUCUUGCAGAACUUGGCAUCUGAACAUUCAGAAGAUGAGACCUCCCCCUACCAAGGCACUGAAAUGUCGGACCUACCUGUCCCUGGCAUGGUCGCCUCUACUUCAGAAUAUGAUAAUGUAGGAGCUAGCACUUGGAGCCUGACAUCCUCCCUUGAGACCUAUGCUAGCCCUGUAGCAGACAUGAUACAGCUAGAGGAGCAGUCUAGCCCUUUUGUUGCUGUGACAAAACCUAUUCAGAUAGAUGAGGGUCACAAUCAAUACCAGAAAGCUGAUCCUCUUGGAAAGACUGAAUACAGAGAGGUCAUUUUAGACAAAGAACAGCCAACCAACCAGGUGUUCCUAUUUGAGGGAACUAAUGAGGUGGGUCACAUGAUCAGCAGUGGGGUAAGUUCAAUUGAGAGUAAUUACAAAAACAAAGGUGGAGAAAGAUCAGAGGAAGCUGAUUGGAUAGAGCAACCCAGUGAUCAUUCACCAUUUGUUCUGGUGGACUGCUCCACUGUAAUUCAGACCAGUUCAGCCAAUCAUCAUUCAAGUCUAGGAAAAGUUGCUGAGACUCAAAUUCAGGCUGACCAAUCUUUAUCCCCAAGCCUCGUUGAGUGGGGCGAUCCUGUUCUGUCGUUCACAAUGGACCAAAAUGAAGAUGGGCCUGCCCCUGAAAGCCAAGGUGGUCCUGACAAUGAGAGAACUGGAAAUGUGGUGGGUAAAACAUUAGAAACCAUGUCCCUCAGCUCCAGCUCCGGGGGAGAUAGAGACACACUGAAGUAUAGCCCCGACAGCCUUCAUCCAGGUAGUCGAGACGAACUCAGAUCUAAUUCUGAUGGAGAUUCAUCAUCAGGCCUAGAAAUGGAUUACAUCAUUGUGUCUGGCACAGUAAAAGAAGCUGAGAGAGAGUGGCACGAUAGGCCUAAACAGGCUGACAGGCAAUCAAAAGGUACAAGAAAGUCCAUGGGGACUUUUAGCAUGCUUUCCUAUGCUGCCACAGUACUGCAAAGCCAGGCCCAAGCUGAAAAAAAAGAGCGCCAGGGGAACACAGAAGAAAGUAAGCAAAACCAAAUCAUCAGCUGUUCUGACAGUACACUUGACAAAGUUACAGAGCAAAGUCAAGCUGUCUCAUGCACUCAUAACCAAGCACUUGUUGAUAAUGACAUCAAGCAUCACAUUGUGCCAGAAUUCAUCAGUCUCAGCCAAUCAAAAGAUAACUCUGAAUCUUUUCAUCAGUCAGAUUCAAGACCAAUGGGUUUCAGUCAAACACAGGUAGAGGAAGGAAACUAUGAUGAUAAGUCAAACACUGUGGCCAGAAGUGUGUCUCCAUCCUUAAGAUAUCCGUCAGAUCACUUCCUGAAAACCAGAGAGGAAGUUUAUGUCCAUUCACAGAUCUCAAUGGAAGAUUCAGAUGAGGGUGGGCAGUCACCAUCUGCACCUCCACCAUGCCCUACUUCUUUGGGCGACUUUCAAGUCUGGGGGGGUCAGUUAACAAGACAGAACGUGCCACAAACAUCUGAACCACAAUCACCUGUACUUACCAACAGCUCAGUCUCCCACACCAGCUCCUUUAUUGGCACCCCAUUAAGUGAACCGGGUAUUUCUGCUGACAGAGGACUUGGAUUACCAUUUUCUGGAGAUCUGAUGGAAGAGGAGAAUGAUGAGGAAGAGCAGCAAGAGCGAACUUCCCGGGCAAAAUGGACUUCAGAAGUACAAAGUGAGAGGGAAGAAAGGCAACAGUUAGGAUCUUCUGAUCUGCUAAGUUUCACUGAGGAGCUGAUUGAAGAUUCUUCAUUUCAACAAACAGAUUUACAAACACUUGAGCCAAAGAGGGAUAAAUACUUACAGAAUACAGUGGAUUACUGUUAUGGACAACCUGUAAGGACUGUUAAUCGUGAUAAGUGGUCGACUGAACAACAGAUUGGAGACCAUGAAUCUUCUCAAGAUAGCUAUUCACCUCUGUUAAGACACUCCCAACAGAGAGACGGUGCAGCAGGGAUGAUGAUGAAGAUGCCCUCCAGUGAGGAAGCUGCUGAGGAGAUGGAUAACAGAGAAGAUCCACCCUCCUCUGCGGAUCUGUCAGGCGGGUCCAACCAAAGGAGAAAGUUGGCAGCUCCACCAAUGAAUGUGUCACUGGACGGCAGUGAGGGGUCUCUCCUCUCAGAAGAUGCCCUGGGCACAGAGGACGAGGCGUUGGAUACUGGUGAUGACCUGGAUCUCAACGUAGAUGAGCUGGAUACACCUGAUGAGGCCGAUUUACUGGAGUUCAACGAACACGCGGAGUCAGAAAAGUCUAAUCUGGGUGCAGAAGCAGCAUCAGGUGAUGCUAUCGCAGGACACAGAGCAGCUGAGGAGAGCAGGGAGAACAGGCUGUGGAGAAGUGUGGUGAUUGGAGAGCAGGAGCAUCGCAUUGAUAUGAAGUGCAUUGAGUCAUACAAAAGGGUCAUUUCUCAUGGAGGUUAUUACGCUGAACAGAAUGCCAUCAUCGUGUUUGCAGCAUGCUUCCUACCGGACAGCGACUGCGACAAUUACAAUUAUGUAAUGGAAAACCUUUUUCUGUAUGUAAUAAGUACGCUGGAACUAAUGGUGGCAGAAGAUUACAUGAUUGUUUACCUGAAUGGCGCCACACCUCGUAGGAGGAUGCCCGGCUUUACCUGGAUGAAAAAAUGCUACCAAAUGAUAGACAGAAGAUUGAAGAAAAACCUGAAGAUGUUCAUCAUUGUCCAUCCCUCCUGGUUCAUACGGACUUUGCUAGGAAUCACCAGACCCUUCAUAAGCUCCAAGUUCAGCAGUAAGAUCAAGUAUGUGAACAGUCUGCAGGAGCUUGGUGAAAUCAUCCCGAUGGAAUUUGUCCACAUUCCACCCAGCAUUGUAAAUUGUGCCUGUUCAAAGUGAACUAAACUAAAACCUGUUUGUCAAAUAUAUAGAAUAGCUUGUAGCCAGCAGCUGUUUGUGGACUAAAAAAUCUCUCACUCUGCCCCAAGGUAUGACGAGGAGAGGGGUAUACACAAAUUUGCAUGCAUGAGGUAAAUCACCUAACCUGCCUGUAUUAAUCUCCCUGAAAAUCCUUCAACACUGUUUUGAAUUUUCUCAUGCUGAGAUUAACUGUUGACUGACCUUUGGCUGUCUUCUUAUCCAACAUACAAUGUCUUACUUCUCUCAGUUUGUGAUGUGGCUUCCCCUGUGAAUUGGUUGAUUUACCUUCUCAUCUGUGACAUUUUUGUAGAAAUCUAAUGAACAAAUGUGCUCCCCAAGCUAGGCAGGUUUGUAAUGUGAUUUAAGUGCAAUGCAUAGUGGGACAGACUCCAGUCUACACUGGAAAACACCAAUUUCACUUUCAGUAUGAAAGGUUGCAAAGGGUCCAGAGUUUCAGUGGACUUCACAGACUGGACUUUCUCAUAAUUGGCAGAAAAAUAUUAUGGGGUAGAGUAUUUUAACAGUAGUCGGCUAAUUAUAGCUUCAAGUGAGAUAAGUUACAAUAUGAGCAUGAAGGAUUUUUGCAAAAAGCAAACACACAUAUUAAACCAAAACCAUAACAAUAGCGGUGUACAUUGUUGUCUAUGGCUUUAUUGAUACCACCACCAGAUUGUACCAUAGUUAAAAAUAGGAUUCGUGGUUUUAAGGUAUAUGGCCAAGUUUUAGAAAACUAAAAUGAGUCGCUGAAGGUUAAGGAGUCAUGUACAUGAAUACAGGUCACCCGUCGGGAAGAUGUGAACAUUUGAACAAAUGACCAAUGCUGUUGUUUUUUCUGGCGAGGACAGUCUCUGUGGAAAAUAGAAAUAUAAUAAAAAAGAUUUUAUGUUUUACGAUUUGUAUGAUUACUUUCAACCAUUUAUCGUUAGAUCUACAACCUAAAUAGAGAAAAAGAGUUUGUUUGCAGUUCACAGGCUGCACUCACAAACACAACACUUGCUGAUACUUUGGUGGAGAUGACACCAUGGAAAAGUUAAAGCUUUCUAAUUCCAACUUUAACCCUAUCCAUUAACUAAGGGGCUAUGACUUGAGUCUGAAAACUAGAGACCUUGACACUGUGCUUGUAAAAGAAAGUGUUGAACUGUUAGGUUAAAAUGUUGGCUCUUUUGACUGGUUCAUUGUUGCAGAGCAUCUGUGGCUCUCUCCUUUGACCCUGAACACUCCCACUCUAGAGCACUGAUGCUUGCUUCCCUUUCCUUCCAUACAUCCUCCUAUGGCAGUGUGGACACAGGCUACUAAUCCCCAGCAACUGCAUGUGUACUGACAAUAUGGUCGCCCUCUUUCGCUUGUUUACCUCCCUCACUAACCUUUACUCUCUGCCCUCUAACACAAUGCUACACCAGAUUGGAUACAGAAUUGCAAGACACUUCAGUUCAGUAAGUAGUGGGCCAUUGUUCGAGCGAGUAAUUUGAACAUAGACAAAGAAAGAAAUGAUUCCUGAAUAUUGCCCCAAUAUUCAAUGGACAGGAAAAGAAAAUACCCGUGUUGAAAGAGGUAUUGGCCCAAACAAGCAGCAUUCAGACAUUUCAGAGAUAAUUUGAGUAUGCACAUAACUGCUCUGUGAAAUUUCUUAAGUAGUUUGUUCAGUGGUGAUGUGAAAGGUAAAAGCCCUUGUAAAUUGUGUACCUCUCUUUAGCCCUGCAUCUUUCCAUCACAGAAUAACCUGACUGGCCUAAUGUAUUUUCUAGUCAACUAACUGCUUCUAAACCUGCCCAGGCGUCAGUGAUAAAGUACUGCUUUGCAGGACAUGAACACAUACAUGCACUGAUUUGCAAGAGAAAAACAAAAUAAAUGAUUUCAGGUUUACUGUAAACAUCUCAUUGCAUUGACAUUGAACAGAUACAGCUUUAGAUUUUCUCAGGCAAAAAAAUGUUGAGCCCACUGAAUUCUCUCAUGCUGGUCUGCAUGCCGAACAGGGGUUUCUAAACAGGUUCAUGCUAGCAUUUCAUUAAAAACAGUGGCAAUGUCUUUCAAGACUAACAAAGGCUGUGGUAGUAAGAGAACGCUUGACUGGUUUCUGAAAUCACCAUUUCUAUUACACAGCCAUGGUGCCUGCUGGAAUGAAAGAUAAUUGAUAAAGACAGUAGAAACAAGAGAUAAGCAUAUAUCCAACUUGCUGCAGAUCAAACUCAUACAUCUAAGAGCAGGCCUGGUAGCCGCUGAAUAAAUACUGAUUUCACAGUGUUGCCGUUAACAGUAUAGAUAGACAUAACUCAUGUCCCAUUUUGAUUAAGGUCAUAGAAUAUGUCCAUUUGCAAAAGGCUUAGUAUAGCUUUUGCAGAGGCAUGCAGUUUAUGAUCUGACUACUGCUUUCAUUUUCAUUUUCAUUCGCAACCCCUCUGCUGUAACUGUUUAAUUCUAAUGCCUUGAUGUCAAAAAUUGUGGAACAAUUAUUUCUCUCUCAUCUUUUCUCUCACUCAGAGCCGACAAGAGGAAGAACUCUUUUGUUUGACAGUAACAAGAUACCUGGCUGCUGCCUAUCCUCUCUCCGCAUUAUGCUGUACUCUACCGCAGAAUAUCUGAAUAUAAGCCAGGCUGCAGCAUGAUGUGUACGGCUCAUAGUUGUUACACCAACAACUAGCAAUGGUUUAGAAAGGAAGAUGCUGUGAUACAAAACAUCAGGAAGUUGCUUGUUCAUUGAGGAAAGUACUAACCUGAACAUAAUACUGUAUUUACUGUGCAGAGACUGCCACUGUGCGGAAGGUUAGAUGCUUUACCCUGUAUUACUGUACAUUACACAGCAUUUGAUUAUGUUCCCAAUUCUGUUACUUUUGUUUUCUUUUACUUAAUCUUUCAUUUGAACAAUACUUUGAUUCUUAUGUAAUUCACUUAGGAGGAAUUACUAACUGGCUUUGUUACAUUCAUGUAUUAAUCUACCCUGUCAGUUGCCAUGUGUACCUUUUGUAACCAAUCAUAAGGGUGGCUCAUGACUCUUUCACCUAAUAACCAAACACAUGCAAACACAAGUUGUAUUACUGCACUGUCAAUAGAUUGCAAUGUUAAAGGGUACCCUAGUUAGACUGUAACUUUAGGUAGUCAAGGUUUACAAACAUGAUCCACACACAAAAAAAUGCUUUCUACUGUCCACGUUUGUAAUAGCAUGUAAAAGAAUCGGCAAACUGGUUUUUGAAUAGUUUUUUCCGAUGGUGUCAGUGGCUCAUGUCAUUGUGUGUCAACGGCUCAUACGAUCUUUAAAAGGCUAUCAUUUGGCUGUUAUAUUAACACUGUAUGUCACUGUGAAAAGACUUGCAACAUAUCAUGAAGGUAGCAAAAUAGCAGUUCUUUAUCAUGACCCUGAGAGCUCAGCUCACUGCAACUUACUGUAAGAAAACACGCAAAUAGACAAAACACAAGCUAAUUAAGGAAAUUUCAAUUUGACAACACGUGCUGCAUAUACAGAAAACACAAGCAAAUACAGAAAAUACAAACAAAUUGGAAACAAGCUGCAAAUUUCAGCACGUUUUCAUUUUCAGUGUUUGCAUGUGUUUUCCUAAUUUGCAGUUGUUGAGCUCUCAGGGCCACCGUAGUUAUCAGUAGCUGCAGUAAUGUGUUGCAUGCUUUCAGUUGCUACAGUUUGAGAUUAGUCUGAUCUGAUUACUCACCCAAAAGCAGAAUUGUGUACCAAUUUCAGUCAUAGUUUAUCUUAGUGUGUGUGUGUGUGUGUGUGUGUGUGUGUGUGGAUGUGCGUGCGUGUGCAUGUG